UUUACUUGAUCCUCAUAAAUGCUAGAUCUGUUCUAAAUAAACUGCCAAUGCUCAGAGCACUCACAGUUAUAUACAAACCCCCUAUAAUUGUCAUCACUGAAUCCUGGUGUAAUUCUAACAUACUGGAUGAGGAGAUAAGCUUAGAUAACUAUACACACUUUCAGUGUGACAGGGAAGGUGGUAAGGGAGGGGGUUGUCUCAUGUACUUUCUGAAUGCACUUACUGUAUCACGGCUAGAAAGUAGUACACUUAACAUGCCUGAGACUUUAUGGGUUAACUUACACUUAAAUAACGCAAUGGUAUUAAUUGGAUGAACCUACAGAGCACCUGGCACCUUUAGUAAUUACGAGACCCAACUUAUUAAUACUCUAGAACAAUUAUCCACCCUACACUACGAUCAUAAGAUCCUAUGUGGAGACUUUAACUUACCAGAAAUCAACUGGGAAAUACCCACAGGUCCAACUAAACUUGAUAAGUUCUUGGGCACACUGGAUAUACUUGGCUGGAAACAAACUGGCACAACCCCAACAAGAGGUAAUAACGUACUAGACUUAAUCUUCUGCCACAAUAUAAGUCCCCUUUCUACCCUAAUAGGUUCUGAGUUUCCAGGGUGUGACCACAAAACAGUGCUGUGUGCACUGCCACUUCCGUCAAGUAUCAAUGCAACCCAUACCCAUACUUCACAACAAAUAACUUACAGGAACUACAGUAAGGCAGACUGGACUCUAGUGAAAUCAAUGUUAAGAUCCUCAGAAUGGAGAGAGUACUUCACUACUGAUGACCUCUCGAGAGCUCUGAGCAUCUUCUACCAUAACUCCAACAUAUGCUUAGAUGCUGUCGUUCCACUCCAAACACUUGAGCUUUCCCCACACAGGAAGUCAUUCAUAAAACCAAAGGAUCGUAUGAAACUGAAGAAACUCUCAACAAGUUACUUCAAACACCACGACUUUGGCACACUAGGUUUAAUACUUAACACCCUUAGUUCCAUCUCACAAGCUCGAAAUUUCCGUAUGAGAAACGAAGAACGCAUCGCAGUAGACAGUCCUGCUAGAGUGUACGCACUCACGGAAAUCUUAAAGAAGCGAAUGAAUCGCAAAAAUCACAGCAUUUCCCUCCUCAUAGACAAAGGUAGGCUAUGUACUAAUUCCGCAGACAUGUGUGAAUUAUUUAACUCAGCUUUUGCAGGUAACUACCUUAAGCCCACAGUCCAGUUACUCAAUAUACACCCUGCUACUAAUGUGGCACAAACUCCAUCUCCACACACACCAAACUUAAUUAGUACUGUUGAAUUACACUAUACUAACAUUAAACAAACUAUAAGAACCCUAAAAUGCUCGAAAGGUUUCGGUACUGACGGCAUAUCAUCCUAUUUUUAUAAAUAUGGUGGCCCUGACAUUCCCCUACUACUACUUAAAAUAUUCACAAUGUCCUUAGAAACCCAAACUUACCCUGCUGUGUGGAAAACAACGUUUAUUAUGCCUAAACACAAAUCUGGCUCGAAAACAGACGUCAGUAACUACAGGCCAAUUAAUAUCACACCUAUAGCUUCUAGAAUUAUGGAGAGACUAGUUAAAGACAACCUAAUGAAGCAUAUGCUUAGUUGCAAUAUUAUAAGUCCGAACCAACAUGGAUUCCUAAAAUCCAGAUCUUGUUUAACAUGCCACUUAGACUUCUUUAACUUUGUGACCAGCAGUCAUGACAGACGACAACUAGUACUUGUCAUCUACUUUGACGUCUCAAAGGCAUUUGACCGUGUCGACCAUUUACUACUAAUGCAUAAGCUGAAAUCCUUAGGAAUACGUGACCCACUAUUA